UCAACAAUAACGGCAAAGUGUAGAACUGAUAAACAAUUUUGUGAAUAGUAACCAAUUUAAUGGGAGUUCACGGCCUCUGGGAACUCCUCGCCCCCGUGGGCCGCCGCGUCUCCAUCGAAACCCUCGCCGGCAAGAGGCUCGCGAUCGAUGCGAGCAUAUGGAUGAUACAGUUUCUGAAGGCAAUGCGGGACGAAAAAGGGGAAAUGGUCAGGAACGCCCACAUAUUGGGCUUCUUUCGUCGAAUUUGCAAGCUUCUCUAUCUUCGAACUAAGCCGGUUUUCGUCUUCGACGGUGGCACGCCUGCUCUCAAGCGCCGCACUGUCAUCGCUCGCCGCCGCCAGCGUGAGAAUGCCCAGGUUAAGAUCAGAAAGACUGCGGAGAAGUUGUUACUCAAUCAUCUUAAGACAAUGAGAUUGCAAGAGUUGGCGGCAGAUCUUAAAAAACAGAGACAGGAAAAUGAUAUCAAAGGGAAAAAGGCCGUCGAACUAGAAUCUGUUAAUGAGCCGGGAAACAAGUUGCAAGGUGAUGAUGAUGUGGCUUCAAGUUUCCGUCAAGUAGAGUUAGACGAGAUGUUGGCAGCUUCUAUUGCUGCAGAAGAGAAUGAGGGUUUUGGCAUUGGUGCAUCAACCUCAGGUGCUCGAGAUGAUGAACUUCUUGACGAGGACGAUGAUGGAGAUGAGGAAAUGAUACUACCCGAGAUGCAUGAUAAAGUUGAUCCUGCUGUUUUGGCUUCUUUGCCUCCGUCGAUGCAACUUGAUCUUCUUGUUCAGAUGAGAGAGAGACUCAUGGCUGAGAAUAGGCAGAAGUACCAGAAGGUCAAAAAGGCCCCAGAAAGAUUUUCGGAGUUACAAAUAGAAGCUUAUCUCAAAACAGUUGCAUUCCGCCGUGAGAUAGAUGGGGUUCAGAAGUCUGCUGCAGGGAGGGGCAUAGGUGGUGUGCAGACAUCGCGAAUUGCAUCUGAACCCAACAGGGAAUUUAUUUUUUCCUCAUCAUUCACCGGGGAUAAAGAAUCCCUAACAUCUGUUGGACAAGAGAGAAAUGGGGUUGACCGUCGGCCCCCAUCAGUAGUGUCUUCUGCUCAUGCUGUCAAUAUAGAUCAGCGGAUGAAAAAAUCUGAUGUGGCAGCUGAACCAACUGUGGCUGAAUCUGAAAAGGCAUAUCAUGAUGAUGUUGAGACUUAUUUGGAUGUAAGAGACACUGGGAUCAGUAUGACACGAGAUCUGCAGAGGAAUGUAGAUUUGAGGACACUAAUGAAUCAGGAGAUCAUGGAAAAAAAUGAAAAGGGUAAUAAUGGAUCUCCCACUACUAGGAAUUCUCCAGGUGUUCCAGAUGAUUCACAUCACAUAAACCUGCAGCUGGAAGCUACUGGUGUGAAUAAUGGUGACAAAAUAGGGGAGCCUGUAGUGUUAACUGGUACUUCUUUUGAGAUUUCUUUUGAAGCUGCAAUAGAGCCUGAUGGAUAUAGCGAUAUUGAUGAUAAUUUAUUUGCUCGUCUGGUGGCUGGUGACCCAAUUACAGACUUUUCUGUUGAUAAUUCCAUGAUAUCUCAACCACCUUUGCAUACUACUUCAGAUAAUGAUUGGGAGGACGGAGCCAUUGAAGGCAAAAGUACAGAAUAUCAGAAUGUAGAAGAGGGCAUGAGUGAUGAGGAAGAAGUUGAGUGGGAGGAAGGAGAAGAAAGCCAGAAACAUUUUCCGAAGGGAUGUCUUGAAGGAGCAUCUGCUCUUCAGGAGGUAAAUAGAAGAAGAAAAGCAGACAUAAAGGGUGAUUUAUCGAUGUAUGACUUCCAAGAAAAUCAUGCAUCAGAAGGAAAGAAAAGUACAGAGUGUCUGAAAGUAGGGGACAUGAGUGAUGAGGGAGAAAUCGAAUGUGAGGAACCGUCUGAAGACAUUCAAUUGAAAUCAUUUUCUUCUCUAGGUGAAAGCAAUAUAAAUCUUACAAAGGGUGCCUUGGAAGAAGAAGCGGCUUUGCAGGAAGCAAUUAGAAGAAGUUCAGAGAAUAUAUCAGGUUGCAGAGACGUGAUGGAUUUUCAGGAAAAUUUCUCGUCAGAAAGGGCUGGGGUAAUGGCUGAUGAGAGUACCGAUUGCAUAUUUGCCGAUCCAGGGGAAGAGGGGCCUGAGAUUUUCACCUCAGCCGACAAUUUACACCAACCAUUUGGCUCAAUGAAUGAUCUUGAUAAAAUUAAUAUAGAAACUACAACUUCUUCAUUUGUAGUACCGAGUCCUGAAACAACCAAUUUAGACUCAAAGUUUUGGAAUCCUAGUGAAAAGGGAUCUUUAGCUGGUGAGGUACUAGUGGGUUCAGACAAACUCCCAGUAGCAGAUUCUAAAAAACAGCCAUUACACGCUUGUAGUGAAGAUAAUGAUGGGUAUGUUAUCAAGAAGCCAGUGAAUUUUUGUACUGAAAAGGUUGUGCAUCAUAUGAGUAGCUCUGUGAUCACUGGUUCAUCACAUGACAUAUUGCGUAAUUCUGGUUCUGCUUAUGUAAAGAACAUGUCUCAGGCAAAGCUAGACGUUCAUUUGAGUAGUACUGGGAAUCCUGGCAAAACUUCUGCUGAUGAUUCAGGAAUUGGUGUAGAUAAUUUAGACAAGGAUGAAAUGGAUGGCAACUUUUUAAUGGAAACAGAAAUUAAAAGUAAUGAUUAUCAGGAUCCAAGGAUUCUUGAGGAUCGCUUGGAGGGAGAAAUUGCAUUUCUAGGUAAAGAACGUGAAGAACUAGGAAGUGAGCAGCGGAGGCUGGAGAGGGAUGCAGGAUCAGUCAACAAUGAGAUGUUUACUGAAUGUCAGGAGUUGCUUCAAAUGUUUGGAUUACCAUACAUCAUUGCACCAAUGGAAGCUGAAGCUCAAUGUGCUUUCAUGGAGUUAUCAAAUCUUGUUGACGGUGUGGUAACAGAUGACUCUGAUGCAUUCUUAUUUGGGUCUCAGUGUGUCUACAAAAACAUCUUUGAUGAUCGCAAAUAUGUGGAAACAUAUUUGAUGAAGGAUAUUGAGAAUGAGCUUGGCUUGGAUCAAGAAAAGCUAAUCCAUAUGGCAUUGCUUCUUGGAAGUGAUUACACUGAAGGCAUUCGCGGUGUCGGCAUUGUUAAUGCGAUUGAGGUUGUUAAUGCUUUUCAUGGGAAAGAUGGUCUUCGUGAGUUUCGAGAGUGGAUUGAAUCACCGGAUCCUAGUAUCCUUGGGAAAAUAGAUGUAGAAGCAGGAGGUGACUCAAGAAAGGAAGAACCAAAAGGCACCGACGAUGCUGAAAGGAAAAAACGGAUUUUCAAGGAUAAGCAUAGAAAUGUGAGCAAAAAUUGGCACGUCAGUUCUUCUUUUCCAAGCGAUGCUGUGAUUUCUGCUUAUGUUUCCCCACAAGUGGAUAAAUCAACCGAACCAUUUGCAUGGGGAAAACCGGAUCUUUUUGUUCUUCGCAAAUUGUGUCUGGAGAAAUUUGGCUGGGGCGCCUCUAAAGCUGAUGAGUUGCUGCUACCAGUGCUGAAUGAGUACAGCAAGCAUGAGACGCAACUGAGACUGGAAGCGUUUUACACCUUCAAUGAAAGAUUUGCCAAAAUUCGGAGCAAGAGAAUAGAGAAGGCUGUCAAAGGAAUAGCGGGGUCUAAAUCUUCUGCUGUGAUGGGUGAAACACCUCAACAAUCAUCCAGGAAGGGCAUGAAAAGCAAAGUGGUGCGCUGUGAAGAUGAAGGAAACCAAUUAGAUUUAAAUUCAGCAGGAGGGGAUGGUGCUGUUACCACAACAAAACCAUCCAUUGAGCCACUGAAAAAAGGACAGAUGAGGAAAAGAAAUUAUCGUAGAGUGUUGGAAGAAUCUAUUGGUGUAGAUGAUGAAUCACGUGGUCGGCGAAGACAACGAGGAAGUGGCAAAGGAAAGAGAAGUGGAAGAGUAAAGAAGAAAACUGAUAUUGGAACCAGCUAUGACGAUGCCAGCAAUAGUGGAUAUGGUGAAGUAUUGCAAUCCCACACAUCUGAUGAACCUCCUCAAUUACGAAGGUCUGGACGACCUCGGAAAUAUGUGAAUUACAACGCGGGUGCGCCUUUCAUGGAAGAAGUAAUGUUAAAGGGGGAUAAAGAAAUCAGUGGUGCAGUAAAGAUCAUCGAUGAUUCUCUAAAGGAGAGUGGUGACAUUACAUUGCAUGAGACAGAUCUGUCACACGGAAUAAAUGAGAUUGGCAUACAAACAAAAAACGGUGACAAUGCGUUGGAGACAGAUCUGACACAUGAAAUGGGUGAGAUUGAUAUUCAAACAAGAGAAGAUCCUUCUGGCCGUAGGCAAGAAUCGAAUGAUUAUCUUCAGUUUGGAGGCGGGUUCUGCAUGAAUGAAGAUGAUGAAGAUGGCCAUGCAACAAGAGAAACCAUGCUUGAUCAUCUCACUGGUGCUGAUCUCAUGCUGAAAGAAGAUCGGGAAAGCAAUACAUCAAGACCUUCAGAUGAGGGCACAUGUAUGCCUGAUAACGAGUUAGACAGGAACGACGACACAUCAAGAAGUGACACCGAGGGUGAAUUCAAGAGAUUGAACAUGGUAUCCCUUCGUGCAAUGCCAAACUUGAGAAAGAAAAGGCGAAAAAAGUGAGGUUGUGUGUUACUCUGUGCUUUUCUUUUGCAAAAUCUGAAGCAGUAGCUUACUUUUUCCGGUCGUGUUGUCCUUGUAUACUCCCUUCCUAUGUAUAAUCCUUUAUGCUCCCUUCUUAUGCAAGUUUUUUACUAUCCA